GAGGAUGGGUCCUCCCGGGCAUUCUCUGCUCCGCAGCGCUGUGUGAGACACGACAGCACGGAAUGGGGAAUCUGCUCUGAAUCAUCACGCUGUAGGAACCUUACGCUCACCAAACCACCUCUUGUUCCUUGGAUCGAUUCCAUCAAUAAUUCUGGGAGAGAUGGCUGAGGAGUGGUUUUGGCAAGGUGACACCGAUUGCUUUCUCCCCAUCUAGAGGUUUUUGGGUUGUGUGGCUCCCUUGGGUUUUACAUUCUGUGCUGAGACGAUUGUAACCCUUCCUCUGGGACGCCUGAGAGCAGCUGCUGUUUCUGUCUAGACACCCGGGCAAGGAUGGAUAUGACGAAGAGCUGUUUUCCUCCUCUGGCUCGGGAUUAAAUCUCUCUGUCACAGACCAGAGCAUUUCUCUAAGGAAAUGGAUACGUCUUCCCAAAAAUACCCAGUCAAAAAGCGAGUGAAAAUCCAUCCCAACACAGUAACAGUGAAAUACACUUCUCAUUAUCCCCAGCCAGGAGGAGAAGGAUGUGAGGAUGUUAAUGAAGAUCCUGGAGUAUUUAACGAGGAUAAUCCUAAGAGAAGACUACUGAGUGAUGGGAGAAGGAGAGAAAGGACUUUUUUUGGUACAAUAGACACCAAGCCAGCACAACUGCCCAAACCCGGUGAGGUGGGGCAGUGCCAGCAUUUUCCUGAAGGGAAUGCCCUGCAGUCCAGGAGGACGUGGGCAGUCCUGUUCGGCUCUGCCGUGGCUCACGGCUGCGUGGCUCUCAUCACCAGACUGGUUUCUGACCGCUCCAAAGUGCCCUCCCUCGAGCUGAUCUUCAUCCGCUCGGUCCUGCAGGUGCUGUCCCUCACUGUGGUGUGUUACCACCACGAGCCUCCCUUCGGCCCCAAAGGCUACAGGCUCCGGCUCUUCUUCUACGGGGUGUGCAACGUGGUCUCCAUCACCUGUGCCUACACCUCCUUCUCCAUAGUGGCCCCCAGCAACGGAACCAUCAUGUGGAGGGCGACCACCACGGUGUUCAGUGCCAUUCUGGCUUUCUUGCUCAUGGAUGAGGGAAUGGCUCACAUAGACAUAGUUACUGUGGUCGGCAGCGUGUUCGGCGUUUGCCUGGUCAUGAUCCCCAACAUUGUUAAGGAGGAAAACUCUUUGCUGAGCACCUGGAAGGAAGCUUUUGGCUACACCAUGACCGUCAUGGCCGGCCUGACCACUGCCCUCUCCAUGAUAGUCUACAGGUCCAUCAAGGACAACAUCAGCAUGUGGACAGCCCUGUUCACCUUCAGCUGGACGGGGACGCUGUGGGGAGCGGCCACCAUGUUCCUGCUCCAGGAGCCAAUCGUGCCCCUGGAUGGAGAAACCUGGAGCUACCUCCUGGCCAUCUGCCUGUGCUCCACCGCAGCCUUCCUGGGGGUCUACUACGCCCUGAGCAAGUUCCACCCCGCGCUGGUGAGCACCGUGCAGCACCUGGAGGUCGUCAUCGCCAUGGCCCUGCAGCUCCUCGUGCUGCGCAUCGUCCCGGGCGCCUGCGACCUGCUCGGGGCCGCCCUCAUUCUGGCCAGUGUCUUCUUCCUGGCGUGUCACAAACUCUCCUGGAUGAAUUUAAGGCAGCAAGAUUAUCAGGAGAUUGUGGACUCCUCCAUUAAAUGAAGCACAGCUUUGCUGUCUGAGUCUGGCUGUGACCACGUGAACAUCACUCAUUUCAGCUCCCGUGCCCCGGCGUCGUGGCCAGGCCCUCUCUCUGCCAUUUCAGUUCUCAGCUGAUGUAGCAAUGUUGGUGUUCCCAGACUCCCAUGCCAGGUGAAUUUGUUCUGCUGCACAUAACGACUGACAUUUUGUCAUACACAAAAGGGCACCACACAGGGUGCAUGAGCAGAAGCACAGGCUGGCCCACAGGAGGGAAGGCCAAGUCACACGUGUUCUUCCUCCCCUUCCCUGGAUAAGGCAGUACAGAGGGGUUCACUAGUGACUCUCAUUCCUGUGCACUGUGGAAGUAGGAAAAUGAGCAGUAAAACCAUUGCAGUGGUCCGAGUUCUCUGUAAUGCUUCUUAAGUUUUGCCUGCAAUAUUCUAAAUGAAGUAACGUUAAAUUUCUGUGGCUAAAACUUAUGUUUCCUGUGU